AUGGAAAAGGAGGAAGGAAAAUACGAUGAGGAGAGUGAGAGAAAUGAGAAAGAUUGUGAAGAUGAUGACGAUUAUGAUGAGGAUGUUGCCGCUAUUGAUGAUUAUGAUAAUUAUGAUAAGGAUGAUGAAUACUAUGAGGAUGAUGAGGGUGACGUGAAGAAUGAGGAGAAACGCGGGCAAGAUGAUGAUUAUGAAGAAGAAGAGAACGAUUUUGAUGAGGAUACUAAAAAGUAUGACGAAGAAGAAGAAGCGGAGGAGAAA